CCGACUUCUGAAGUGUUGGAGCUGGCAGAGUCGCCGCUGGAUUUGUUUCUAUUCUUCAUGCCGAAGAAGUUCUGGAGAAAGGUGGCAGCAGAAUCGAAUCGGUACUUCCUGCAGAACGUGACCACACGGGUCGACCGAAUGUAUGCCAAUCAAAAGACGCCGGGCAAGAAUUCAAGGGAUGAGUUCAUGAUGCGCGAGGCGAAGAAGGACGACAUUGAAGCUCACGAGAUUAUACACGUCCUGGGAUUGCUGCUGGCGCGGAUGCUGAACCCACAGCGCCGCUGUUUUCGAGACUAUUGGUCUACGGAAAGGGUUGGAGCUGUGGCACGCGGAACGUUCAACGACUACAUGCCUCGCCAUCGAUUCGAGCAUAUCAUGGCUAACCUACAGUUCACGAACAAC